GUCCAGACAAGUCACUCGAAAAGAGGAUAUCACAGAACACCAAACGUCUCAUUCGUCUGUUAGUUUAGGAAAAUCUUCGUCAUGAAGUUUCACAGCAUGGCCCUAUCUCUGUCGCUGCUGGUCGUUGCAAAACUGAGUCACGGCCUCCCAGCCGCAGUCACGGCCCCUCCUCAGGUGGCCGCUCAGUGCCCCUUCACCCCGGGGCCGAUCCCUCUGCUGCUGCCCAACCCUAUCGACUGCGGCUCCUUCUACAUGUGCAGCUGGUAUGGGACGGCCCUGUUGCAGCACUGUCCUCCUGUGCUGCACUUCAACGCCAAACUGCAGGUGUGUGACUCUCCUGCAAACGCCAACUGUGUCCAGAGAACCACAGCUGCUCCUGCCUCCAUCACCACUACUGCUGCUCCAAUCUCCAAUGUGACAUCAGCUCUUCCUGUCUCCAAUGUAACUACAGCAGCCCCAACUUCAAUAACUACAGCUGUUCCAAUCAACAAUGCGACCACAGUCGACGUCUCCAGCGUGACUACAUCUUUUCCAAACUCCACUGUAACCGUGGUCCAUGUAUCCAGUGUUCAGGGUAACCACGCCUUUACCGCAGGAGUGAGUCACGGCCUCCCAGCCGCCGUCACGGCCCCUCCUCAGGUGGCCGCUCAGUGUCCCUACACCCCAGGGCCGGUCUCUCUGCUGCUGCCCAACCCCGUCGACUGCGGCUCCUUCUACAUGUGCAGCUGGUAUGGGACAGCCCUGUUACAGCACUGUCCUCCAGUGCUGCACUUCAACGCCAAACUGCAGGUGUGUGACUCUCCUGCUCACGCCAACUGUGUCCAGAGAACCACAGCUGCCCCCGUCUCCGGCACCACUACUGCUGCCCCAAUAUCUAAUGUGACUACAGCUGUUCCUGUCUCCAACGUAACUACAGCUGUUCCUGUCUCCAACGUAACUACAGCUGUUCCUGUCUCCAACGUAACUACAGCUGUCCCAACCUCCAACGUAACUACAGCUGUUCCUGUCUCCAAUGUAACUACGGCUGUUCCUGUCUCCAAUGUAACUACGGCUGUUCCUGUCUCCAACGUAACUACAGCUGUUCCUAGCUCCAACAUAACUACAGCUGUUCCUGUCUCCAACGUAACUACGGCUGUUCCUGUCUCCAACGUAACUACAGCUGUCCCAACCUCCAAUAUAACUACAGCUGUUCCAAUCAACAAUGCGACCACAGCUGUUACUUCUCCAGAGUGACCACACUAUUUCUCAAACUCCACUGUAACCGCAGAUGUAUCCAGCUGAUCUAUGCUCUGUAUCCAGUGUCCAGGGUAACCACACCUGGACCAGAUUGCAGAGAACGAUUAUAAUCACUAUCAAUAUGGUUCCUAAUUAUUCUGUUUUUACAUUGCAAUAAACUGUGAAUACAA